AUGGUUUACAAAACCCCAUGUCAUCUUCUUCCUUUUGCUUUCUUCUUGCUUGGUUUCGUCUUAAUCUCAUCAUUAGCCCAACCGAUUCCCACCACAUUCGUUAACGUCACAACCUACGGAGCUAGACCAGACGGCUCAACAGACUCAAGCAAAGCCUUCUUGGCCGCGUGGCACGUUGCUUGUACCUCUGCUCAAGCUACAACUAUCAUCGUACCAGCAGGACGGUUCUUGGUCGGAAACCUUGUUUUCCAAGGCAACAAAUGCACGAGUGCGCCAAUAUCUAUUCAUAUAGCCGGUACAAUAAUUGCUCCCGAAGAUUAUAGAGUUAUCGCAAAAUCAGAACAGUGGAUCUGGUUCACUGGCGUUACUGAUGUUUCAAUCUACGGUGGCAUACUUGACGCGCAAGGCACUAGUUUGUGGGAAUGCAAGACCAACGGUCACGGAAAUUGCCCUAGCGGUGCUAAGACUUUGUUAUUUACUGCGUCGAAUAACAUCAACAUCAACGGUCUAACGUCGAUUAACAGCCAGAAAUUUCACAUAGUUCUCGAUACGUGCAAUAACGUGAACAUUAGCGGCGUUCAUGUUUCUGCUGAUGCGAAUAGCCCUAAUACCGAUGGGAUUCACGUCCAAUCAUCUCGCUCAGUCUAUAUCGGUAACUCGAGCAUAGGAACCGGCGACGAUUGCAUCUCGAUCGGUCCAGGAUCCACUUCUAUUCACAUAAACAACAUUCGAUGCGGUCCAGGGCACGGCAUAAGUAUCGGAAGUCUUGGGAGUGCAGAGGAAGAACAAGGAGUGGAGGACGUGACGGUGAGUAACGUGGAUUUCUCGGGAACGUAUAACGGAGUUAGGAUCAAAACAUGGGGGAAAAACAGCAACAGUUUCGCUAGAAACAUCGUGUUCCAACAUAUUAAUAUGAACAGAGUCAACAACCCGAUCAUUAUCGACCAACACUAUUGUCUUCGCGAGCCUUGCCUUAAAACGGAAUCUGGAGUUGAAAUAUCUAACGUGAGAUAUCAAGAUAUACACGGGACAUCGAAUACGGAUGUGGCGGUUAUCCUUGAUUGCAGUAAGGAGAAACCAUGUACCGAUAUUGAAAUGAGCAAUGUGAAUCUUUCCUUGGUUAAUGAACCGGCUCAUGCUGCUUGCGAGAAUGCAAAUGGAUUAGCGAACGACGUCGUCCCGUUCACCCCUUGUCUAAAGAAAGACUCACUUAUGAAGUGA